AUGGCAAACUGGGACAGUAACCAGGACGAGUGGGUUUCCUACAAGCGCGGCAACACGCCGCACCUGACGAACAACACCAACAAUAGGAUCGAGUCCAAGUGGGGGAAGAUAAAGGAUGUUAUUAACGACUCCUUCACUAUCGACCAACUCCUGUCUACACUGAUGACGCUGCAGCACUAUGCCGAAGAGCAAUAUCUCGCAGAAUACCAUCAAGUUGGGAGCCGGCCUUCGCGGGAUUUGGAGGACCGCGAGCUGACGCUGCUGGCUUUGCAGCUGAACACACCAGGACGAGCCACUGUCACGAGCCCAAGGUCUGGAAAAGUGCAUGAAGUCAACACGAGGACGAACUCCUGCAACUGUAUCUUCAUGAAGACCUGCUUGCUACCCUGCCGCCACGUGAUGUACGUC